AUGGUGGACAACGGCGCGGACGACUGGAGGAUAGCCAUGACGUACGAGCGGAUCUUCUUCAUCGUGCUGGAGCUGCUGGUGUGCGCCAUCCACCCCAUCCCAGGACAGUACGUGUUCACCUGGACCGCGCGCCUGGCCUUCACCUACACGCCGUCCGUGGCCGACGCCGACGUGGACAUCAUCCUCUCCAUCCCCAUGUUCUUCAGACUCUACCUGAUCGGCCGCGUCAUGCUCCUGCACAGCAAACUCUUCACCGACGCCUCCUCGCGCAGCAUCGGCGCCCUCAACAAGAUCAACUUCAACACCCGCUUCGUCAUGAAGACCCUGAUGACCAUCUGCCCCGGCACGGUCCUCCUGGUCUUCAGCAUCUCCUCCUGGAUCAUAGCCGCCUGGACCGUGCGCGUCUGCGAGAGGUAA